GAGGACACUGUUGACAGAAGGACAUCAGACCAUUCAUAGUGACACGUUUUUACCAGGCCCAUGUCAGCUGGUUUACCGCCCUGCCGCAUUAGAUCACUGUCAGUCGGGAAAACGGAUGGUAUUCUCUGAUAUUGUCAUGAAGACCUGCAAUACCAAGGCCCGCAUUUACAGCGUGUUGGUGUUUUGCUGUGGAUUAUGUGUAUUAUACUACUGGAACUGGCAGUACUACAACCAACCAGUAGAACAAACGAACAGGAGCAGUUUAAAGACGGGACUUCUAUAUUUGAAAGAGGAGGUUUUAUGUUCAGGGUCAAUUCACAACAGUUCGACUGCUGCAGACGCAAAGAUGUCCUAUAUCUACCCCAUACAUAAUACAACUUAUAUCUUGGGUGAUCUGAUCCAUGUGCGAAUUGAUCUGUUUGAUGGUUCUGGUAAUCGGAAGUUAUCUGAAGGCGAUGUUUUGAGGGUGUGGAUGGAGGACAAGAAGACUUCAGCUUCCGUUUCCGGUGUUGCGUCCGAUCAUAAUAACGGAAGCUACUCUGUCGCUUUUAGAGCUGUGUGGUCAGGAAAAGCCACCAUCAAAGCAUUCCUUGCCACAAGAAGGGAGGAGAUAGUUCUCCUGUAUAAACUGUACCAAAAAUAUUCAAGUCUCUGGUCGAUACAUGCUGUAUUCAAGGGGAAGAAUAUAACAGAGAGACCAAGAUGUUUUACGAGACCGAACACUCGUGCACAGACACAUUGGUGCAACUUGACUCAAGAAAAUGAUGGAUUUCCCUGGUACUGCAUGAAAUCAAAGAACACCUUGACGAAUUGUGACAUGUGGAUCGAGACGUUCUCUGCAACAAACAUCCACUACAAACUUAAUAAUAGCACUGAAAACACAAUAUUAAGUUGGUCUGCAACAAAUGCAACGCCAGACAUCUUUAGGAGGACUGUGCCGGUGGUCAUAAAAGAUUCUAAACGUACGUCAAGACUUACAUCAACCCAUAUUGCCUGUAACAGACUCGCACCACAUCUUACAUGGCAAAGAAAAGCUCUGAAUGGCUUCUUUUACGAUAACAAGUGGAGCUCGCUUCUGUGUAAUGACACGCUGCCUCGAACCGUUGAUGCGUACAGACAUUGCUUGAAAGGAAGGACGCUCUGGCUCCAUGGAGACUCAACAAGUAUGCAGUUCCAUAGACGUCUUCGCUCCAUCUUGAACUUAACGUCUCAUGCAGGUGGACAUACGCCUGUUACGGAUACAGAUUCAAAACAUAAUUUUUCGCUUUCCUGGCAUGCUCACGAAUUACCAUUCUAUCAUGGAGCUCGGCACUACCCGCGGUCAACAAAUCAGGCACAGCACAUCAUGAUGGACCAUCUCCCGAACACAACCAAGGACAUCGUUGUAUUAUAUAUGUACGUUCAUUUCACGCUUGUCCAUCCGGAUGUGUUUAGGCGACAUGUUCGAAGACUUGUUCCAUCUGCAAAGAACCUCUUGGCACGCGCUCCAAAUGUUACAAUUGCAGUUCGUGGCCCACAUGCAUACUUCAGGGCGAGGAGAGGUAUGCUGUCUUACUGGGGUAUUCUUUAUGCUGAUAUUUGGCAUCAGGAAUUCGCUUCGCUUUGGGACAAAAUUAUUUAUUUAGAUUUCUGGGAUUUGUCAAUGGCUAAACCAUCUAAAGAUUUUCACCCACACGUGAACACAGUGAAACAAAUGGUACACAAUAUGAUGUCAUUGUUGUGCUUUAGGACGUGAUGGACUUGUCAAUGCCGACUGUCGUCAUUGUUUUCAACUAAACAGUAUUCUGGACAUAUCAGCAAUAUGAUUGACAUAAAUAAUCGAUGGGUAUAUUUAGAAAUGGCGUUAUGGGCCUAAAACGUAGUGAAGCAACGAGGAUAUAUCUAAAAUGUGAAUCCUCGUUAGUCUGGAACCCCUUUCGUUCGAAAACCCCUUUAUUCCGGAAACCCCUUUAGACUGGAAACCCCAUUAGUCCGGAAACCCCGUUAGUCUGGGAACUCCUGUAGUCCUGACACCCUGUUAGUCUGGAAACCCUUUAGUCUGGAAACCCCUUAAGUCUGGAAACCCCAUUAGUCCGGUCUCCUCAUUAGUCUGGAAAUCCCAUUAGUCUGGAAACACAGUAGGUUUAUCUCAUACAUGUAUGUGCCACCAUUGUGAUCUCAAUACUCCUCAAUAGCCUUGAUACCUCGCUUCAUAACGACGGCUGCGUGUGUAUCAGUAUGUAUACAAUUCCUGUUAUUGCCAUACGAAUUUGGUAUAUACUAAUUUUCUUCAACAGCACAUCUUAAGGCUUACAUUUUAUUUAUUUAACAUGGUACAUAAAAACAAGACCGAGUUACAUUUUCACUGCUAUUAUAAUUAUAAUGUAGAUAGAGUUUGCAAAAUGAUUUCAGAUCGUUCACAAAAAACAGUCCAUGUUUGACCACUUAUCUUUUUGUAUCUGUAUCCAAAUGUAUGCAAAAGUUGCCAUAUCUUGCAAAUUGUAAUAAUUAAAUCAUGCUCAGUUUCAAGGUAUUUCUUCAAUAAUCUUAUUGACUUGUACAUAUUUUCUGAAUGUAGUUUAAUAAAUGCACGUCUGAGUUGAUUAUUCUGAAAA